AGAGUUGGCGUCAGUCCUCAGUCCGGCUCUUCUGGGUAGAGAGAGCCCGAAAGUUCUGGAGUAGGAGCGGAGAACGAGCCGACUGGGGGUCAGAGUGGAUUUAAACCGAAACAAAAGUAACUGAAAUAACGGAAAUUAACCUCAGUCAGAAGCACAGGAAGACUCGGUUUGACUCGGCUUUGUUCGCUCCAGCUCCGGAUUUACAACGUAAAUACGCUCUUUUUUAAAAAAAAAUGUUAACACUUUUAUUUUGUUUAACUUGAUUUUACAUUUUUUUGUUCAGUCCUUUUUCAUUCCAACUUAAGAAGAAGAGCAACACCUGACAGCUGACUGACGAAAGUUGCGCAACCGACACGACAACAAUAUCGAGACAAAGACGUCACCAACGUACAGUUCGCUCCAGUCCUCCCAGUGUCAGCACGUCUACUGGUCUCCCUCCGUGUUUAAACUUUUACAAAGUCUUAUUUUAUGGACUUCUACUUCACUUAAAACUGGCACAAGCGGUAAAAACAGCUUCACUUCGACUUUAACGGUUUUUACUGGAUUUACUGGUUUCCUGUUGAGCAUCAGUUCGGACCAGUUCGUCUAAAAACACAAGAUGAGCAUGGGCGUGGCCACAGCGAGGUCUCAGCAGUGUCUGAAGAGAUUACUGGAUGAACCCCAGGAAAAUCUACCCAAAUGUAAAGUUCCCCGCUUGGCUUUACCUCCUCCAACCGCAGGUGUACCACAACGCCCCAGGUCCAGAAGCCCCACCCCCAAGUCUGACCAGAGCCAAUCUCCAACCAGGGUUGGACCUUACAUCCUGUAUGAGCGCUGUGAGGGGGAGGAGACUUAUAGAGCCUCGCACUCACAGACAGAACAGCAAUACACCUGCCAGGUGAUUCCGCUUCGUGGUUACCAGGAGCGAUUGGCUGCCUAUGCCCGUGUCGGUCACCAUGCCAACAUCUGUGGCCUGCAGGACGUUGUAAUUGGACAGGACAGCGUCUAUGUCUUCCUGCCUGGUCAUCAUGGAGACAUGCACGCGUACGUAAGAAACAGGAAGCGUCUGGGUGAAGAGGAGGCGGGGCAUCUGUUCUCUCAGAUGCUGAGCGCUGUGGCACACUGUCAUCAACAUGGAGUCGUACUAAGAGACCUGAAGCUCCGCAGAUUUGUCUUCACUGAUAAAUACAGAACUUGUUUGGCUCUGCUCGGCCUCAACGACUGCGUCCUCCUCCACGGUAAAAACGAAGACGACUCUCUGACAGACAGACACGGCUGCCCCGCCUAUGUGAGCCCUGAGCUGCUGACCAAUGGGAAAGGCUCUUACUCAGGCCGUGCCGCAGACAUCUGGAGCCUGGGCGUGUCUCUGUACACCAUGCUGAUUGGACGCUACCCAUUUCAGGACACUCAGCCCGCAGCACUGUUUGCCAAGAUCCGCCGCGGCGCCUUUAGCCUGCCUGAUUGGCUGUCACCACAAGCAAAGUGUCUGAUUGGCUGCAUGCUGAGGAAGUCGCCUGCGGAGAGGUUACAGGCGUCGGAGUUGCAAAUGCACCCGUGGCUGACCAAUCGGUGCACGCAGCAUCAAAACACACAAAAGACUCAACGCAGCUCCCAUAAAACACCACAUAACAAAGAUGAGGACGAGGACGACCAGGUGGUGCCAACGUGGACUGAAAAACACUAACAUAUGUUUGUGAGGUUUAUGUUUGUGAAGACAUGCACUUAUAAAAGAUCACUUCUUAACCACACAACUAAAAAGUGAUGAAGGUAUUCAGAAUAGUGUUGUUAUAAGUUAAUUAGCACUUUAGGCCCCCCCAACUUGCAUGAAUAUACACCUUAGACCCUGAAAAACCCGGAGGAAUCAUCAUGCGGGCCUGGUUGUUCACAGUAGGAUCAAGUCUUGAAGUUUGAUUGUUUAGAAUUAAAACAAAGGAGCAAAAUGUAGUUAAAUAAAAUGAAAUGGGACAUUAAAAGGAGCAGUUGCAUCCUUAUGUUGCAUUACUGUGGUAACAUGAUGAUACAAAGUUCUUCUGCCACACUAUUGUAGCGAAACACAGUUCACAACAUUGCAUGCUCAUUUAAAGCAGCUAUUAGAAAUUUCCACUUUGUGUAGAUUUGGCACCCCCUGUGGACAAAGUAUACAGUAUUAAUCCUUCUUUAAAACACUGGAAAUCCAGAUUAGGUCAUCCUAGAAAAAUCUGCGAUUUGAUUUGGUUUAUUCUCAACAGUUUCUCUUUGAACAACCUUAAAAAAACAAGUUUGAUUGCAUGAUCCUUGGUAGAAAAAAUGCAUUCCUAUCUGGAUCUUUAUAAUCCAGAUUAAACCCUUUAAAACAACCAGGCCAUGAUGACAAUGGUCAUAACAACGGUGCAGUUUUAGCUGAGAGUGUGAUUUUAGUCAAGGCUAGAAAAUGUUGACAAUCACUGUUUUAUUUUUUUCAGUUAAACUAUUUCAGUCCUGCAGGUGUAGGAAUGUUGUGCAAUGUUAGUCGUAACUCAAAUCUGAGUAUCUGAUCCACUUCCUGGAAAGAAGGAAUGGUAAUCUUAAACUCACUAAAAAUGUCUACUCUCCAGUCCAAAAGCUCAAACAUGUCUUCACAAAACUAGACAAGCAUUAACAGACAAACACAUUUCCAAAACAGUCUGAUCCUGGAUUACUUGACCCCGACCCUCAGGUGCCUUUCACUCACUGUAGCUGUGUCGCCAUUCAAGCCCCGCCUCUUUUUAAGUGCAUGACUAAUGGGAGUCAGUGGCUCUACAUGGAAUCCAGAAGUCAGUUUAAACAAACUACAUGCGGGGUUUUUUCGGUAAUUUUUGUAAGUAAAUGUGGAGAAUUUCCCUCUUGCAAAGGAGUUGCAGCUCCAUGCCAAACUAAUGAUUCACACAUCCUCAUUGAUCGAGUUUAACCUUACAUUUAAAACGUUUUAGAUUGAAUAGGCUGACAAAGAUGCCCUAAAUGUGCAGAUGGAUGUUUUUAAAUUAUUUGAAGGAGGCAGAGCUUGAAUUGCGGCAUAGUUUCUUCCUCAGUGUUUACGCUUUCUGGUUGCUCUUUAAAAUUUGAAGUGAAGGAUCAGUGUUUUUAAGUUUGCAGAUAUCUUUCAGAAACAUUUUUUUUUUUUUUUUAAUUAAUUAAAUACAAAAGUGAUGUUAUGCUGUAAAUUCACCUUCAGUCAGACACAGUUCACUGUUCAAUAGAAGCCAAAUUAUGCAAUUUUUAGGCCAGUUAUCUCAGGAUUCAGACUUUAUUUACUGUCCUGCCUAUGUUUUUACUUUUUCCUGCAACAGCAGCUGCUUCUAGGUUUAAAAUAGUUAAAAAAGAUCCUGUGAUGUUACAUUUUCUUUUUCCUCAUGCCUAUUAUAAUCCUGAUAAAGUUCAAACAGGUUUAAUUGAGAUACUUCACUGUCUGCUGAUAGACAAAAGCACUGAAAUGUUCAUUAGCAGGAGUGUAAGUGACAUUUUUUGCUAAAUUUGUGAGUUUUUAUUCCACUUAAACUAGACCAGGGUAAAGGCUCUUCAUUAAGCACAAAGUUUGGAUCCUAAGUAAACAGUGAAGUUGUAUUUUUGAGAUAACUGGUCUAAAAUUAUCAGUUUCUGUUUAUUUGACUGAUCAUAAUGCAUUAGACCUGCAGCCAGCUAACAGGAUGCCUUCUUCUGAACUUGUCAUACAGACCUCAUGUACAAUCUGAGAAGAAAUAAAGAUGUUUUACAAAA